GGAGGAGGGAGGAAGAGCCGUAUGUUUUCGCAGGCGGAGCUUCUUCGUCUCGUACCGUUGGAAUUUGCUGCGUGUGUUUUCUCGGCAUAUUUGCCUGGAAAGAAAAAAAAAGGAGAACCAGCAGUGAGGAAGAGGAGAAAGAAGAAGGUCGCCUGUGCAGGCAGAUGUGAACUGAAGGAACCCGGUCGGUGCCGUUAAUCCGCUACAAUGUGGCAGCCUGCGACUGAGAGACUGCAGCAUUUCCAGAACAUGUUGAAGUCAAAGCUGAAUGUUUUGACACUACGUAAAGACUCACUGCCGAGUGUCAUCUUUCAUGAACCGGAGGCCAUCGAGCUCUGCUCCACAACACACACCACAAAACAACGCACACACACUGGCUAUAAGGUGACAUAUCUUGGGAAAAUGACAAUCCCAGGCUCUAAGUUCCUUUCAGGCUGCACUGAGUCUGCCGUGGUGGCAUUAUGGGAUACAAAGUGCUCGUCAAUCGCCAUGGAUGGCUUGUUGGAGAUCCGGCCCUUCCAGGUGCGUUUGCACCACUUGAGUGGGCGGAGUGAGGCGCCAGACUCAGUGGAGACAUUCCAGGUGGCACAAAUCGCAUACUGCACAGCGGAUCAUGAGGUGAGCCCGAAGGUGUUUGCAUUCAUCUACCGGCAGAUCAACGAGGACCUGACGUUCCAGAUGGACUGCCACGCCGUGGAGUGUGAAAGCAAGCGUGCUGCCAAGAUGCUCGCUCACGCAAUGAUGGAUGCCUUCAACAAGACCUUCCACUCCAUGCGGACCGACGGGCGCAUCCACCAAUCAGAACGCGAGAUUCCUGAAGACUCAAAUGGCAAUCCUGAUGAUGGCUGAGGCUGAGGGUCGAGGGGGUGGGACCUGUAGGGGGAAUGUGUGAUCCCAUCUCUGUUUCUGUCUUUGGUGGGAUAAUACAGAAAAAAAAAAUCAAAAUGUUCUCUUAGCUCGUGGCUAAUAAGUAAAUGCAUCACUGCAGCCAUAUUGCUCACAAAUCUUGUUAUUGUUCUAGAAUGUUGAAAUGAAAAUUUGAUCUAGAACUUUAGGACAUCACAAUGGACUGUUGUUCUCAGCUGCUGCGAUAGUUUAUUGUUUCAGAAUGUUGCCAUGGCUGUGCUACAAUAUUGUUCUACAAUAUUGUGAUCCAGGUGUGUUCUAGAAUACUGUUAUAGAAUACUGCAUUUAGAGUUUUGGCAAACAUUGUGAUAGACGAUUUGUACAAUAGAUUGUUGCUCUCAUAUUCCAUCUCAUGAUGGAAUGUGGUGUUAGAUAAAACAUUGCUCCAAAAUAUGACAAGCCUUGUUCUAGAACAUCACAUUGGAAACCUUUUAUAGAGUAUUUCAACCCCUUGUUGUAUACCCCUUUCUAGAGUAUUGCAACCCCAUAGAACAUGUAUCUAUAUUAUUUAAAAAAAAGAAAGAAAGAUGGUUUUCAUUAUUUUUGAACAAUCUUCUUGAAUGCCUUGAUAUUGUGUUGCCCUAGAACAUUGCACCCGUUGUUCUAGAACAUUGUUUUAGAAUAGCACAAGCUUUUUAUGGAGCGUCAAAUAUUGGGAUUGUUGUACUAGAACAUACGAAAGAUUCUUCCUGAAUAUUGCAUCAUGAUGCAACAUUUGUUUUAGAAUGUGAUGGAAUGUUCUAGAAUGUUGCUAGCAUGCUUCUGGUACAUUGGGAUGGAACAUUGUUCCAAAAUGAUGGUAAAUAACAUGUAUUUUGUACAUUGAGGAAUAUUGCAGGCAUUUUUAAUGGAUCCGCAAAUAUUGUGUCAUUGUUGUAGAACAUUGUUAGUUCAAAAUAUUACAUCAGGAUACGUCAUUAUUGUUUUGCAUACACUGUUCUAGAACAUAGAUGAAAAGUGGCCAAUGCUGCAUCACCAUAUAAAAAUUUAUUCAAGAUUAUUUUUUCAAAAUGUCACAUUUGACCAAAGGUGAAAAUCACUAGCCUACAGUAGGUGCUCAUCACAAACAGAUUACUAGUCCAUACUCAAACUUAGUAUUUGUAAAAGUAUUUGUAGCUCCCCUCUGUCAAGUAUGAUCUGGAGGCAGUCCACCAAGCACAGAAAGAUAAUAUGCCUAUUUAUAUUGUUUUCAAAGUUGUAAUAUGUACAUUUAAACAUAACAUACUACAGUACAAGUGUUUAAAAUAUUUCAUGGUACAGUACAAUGCAGUACCAGGUAGUUUUAAAAUCAUGCUUCUAGAUAAACAAUUUUUACUGCAUUACAUUUACAUUUUGACAUUACAUUUUCAACUUAAAAGCUUUAAACCUGAAAUCAUCAAAGAUUAAAUUAAAAUACCUAUUAUAGAAAAAUAGCUUUACAAUAAAUUCCGCCAUCUAAUUGUCACUUUUUUUAUACACAUUUCCCUUUUUCUGUACUUCAUUGAAAAAUUGUAAUGUUAAUAUUGACUAGGCCUAUGGCUACUAAAAAGUAUCCAUGAAAUUUGAGAAUUUGUUUUAAUUGUCAUUGCAGUUAAUUAGUUAAAUAUCUUGUUAUACUUCAGGAUAAAUUACAUUAGCUUCCACUUUUUAGCUCAGUUUACAGGUUUGUGGACAUCCAAAAAAUAUAAUUGGACUAACUUAUGGAGUAUUUUAAAUAAUGUGAGAAUAGUGAGUCCAGUAGAUUGUGAUGGAACUUGGUGAUGAAACAUGCUUUAGAAUAAUGUUUUAGGAUCUCUCAACAGAUCUUUGUAUAUUGGAAAUUGGUUACUGAAUGUUCUGGAACAUGAAUAGAACAUUGUCCCAAGAUGCUACAAUAGAUGUUUUAAGCAUUAUUCUAGAACAUCAAUGGUGAAACAAUUUUGCAGUACAUAGCUAGAACAUGGUUUAGUUCUAUUCAAACGCAUCAGAAUGAUGAGUUGUUUUGAAACAUUGCUGAAAUCUUGUUUGAGAAUGUUAGAUUGUUUUAGAAUACAAUUGUGCCGGAAUGUUCUAGAGCGUUCUUCAACAUUGUGUUUUACAGCAUCAUGAUACUUUAAAAAAAAUGCCAAGAGGAACGUUGUUUUAUAACGUUGUGAUGAAAUAUAUUUUUCUAGUACUGCAAACAUUCUAUACCGCGGAAAUUCUUCUUGAAUGCUGUAAAAGAAUGUUGUUCUAGAAUAACAAUACAUUCUUGAAUGCUGUAAGCGAAAAUAGUUGAGGGAAAAGUAACACCCCCCUACCACCCCACCCCAAAAAGCCUAUACACAAAGCCACUGUGUGUUACAGUAAAUGUAUGAGUGGUGGGACAUUCCUGUCUUGCAUUCUCCUUAGCCAGUAAGAAUCUCUGGAAUUUGUUCCCUCUUUCACACAAUGUUUCCUGAGUAGCUGAAGUAUUUACCGAGUGUAUUUUCAAAAAUUGUGUUUUUAACAGCCAGAUGUGUGUGCAUGUGUGUGUGUGUGUGUGUGUGUGUGUGAGAGAGAGAGAGAGAGAGAGAGAGAGAUUUAUACUAAAGACCAUGGAUAAACCAUUGGUAAAUCUUUACAGAAUGGGUUUUUGACACCAGUAUUAGGUGACGCUUUGUGUUCUGUGUGUGUGUGUGUGUGUUUGCAUAUAUGGUUUGAAGUGAGUGAUAGAUUUGUUUCUCAGCCAAAUUUAUUGCUGUGUAUAAAUACAGAUUCUCCACAGUGCUGUGUUCAGUUCUGUCUUAUUCCCUCUGCAUUGACCUGCCUGGCUGCAUCCCAAAUGCAACUCUGUAAUACAGUACAUGCCUUUAUUAUGAACCAUUCUUUACAAGUGCUGAUGAUUGAGAACUGUUAUUUGGGAGGUUUUACAUAAAACCUGGUACUAAAUGGGAUAAUCUGUGAUCUACUUUAACCAGCACACAAGCUAUAUACAAGCUACAGCUCCUCUAGAUUAAUUAGCUAAGCUUAUGCACUGUGUCCACUGUGAGUCAGGCUGUAUGAUCAACACAGUGAACAUGGCUUUAAAUGGCCGAUGUUCUUAGGAACACUAGACACGAACUCUAGCAUUUGGGAUGAAGCCUUAGCAUCAGUUUCAGUUCCUGUCUUUUUUUGAGCAGCGAAUGUUUGAUAUCAGGCUGCACACUUUUUAUGUUAAGGUACUUGUUGAUUGGUUAUGUUCACAUGAUUGUGGAUAUAUUUUCUUGUACAGUUGACUAUGGAAUAUGUAACACACACACACACACACACACACACACACACACACACACACACACACACACACACAGUUCUCCAAAUAUAAAACAUCUAAGUAACUGUACUGACAAUUAGUAGAACAGAGAGAGAAAGAGAUCUAUAUAUAAAUAUGAAUAUAAAUUUAUCUCUACAGUGUAUUCAUGAAGCCUUUGUUUAUACAGAUGUAUCAGUUCUCUAUUAUUCCAGUUGAAUGUUUAUAGACAUUUUGUUUAAUCACAUAAAGUCAGUAUUGUGCAGAAGCAGAAUGAGUGAGUGUGCUGUUGUUUUCUGUGAAUGUUCUCACUUCCUGCCAUAGCAGCUUUAAAUGUCUGGUGUGAAUUUCUAUCAAAUAAAAGUCCUCACCUAUAAACUCCUUA